AUGUCUACUUCAAUGAGUAUCCGCCCUGUCAUUGAUCGUGAUCAACAGAAGCUCACAGAGGCUGAUUCUGGUUGUGUACCCGACUGCUCCGAGGCAGGAGGAACUGCCCAGCCGUGGUUGCACAUCUCCUACUGGGAGUGUAACCACCAUAUAGGCCACCGAUGGUUACCCGUCUCCGAGACCGACGUUAUUGUACUCAACGAAGAGGCGACCGCCAGUAAACUGGACCUUGCUCUGCCCAGUCGCCUUUUUUCCAACGAUCCGUCGCCUCCAGAUCAACUGUUCUCUAGUCUGGCAAGUCCAACGAACCUCUGGAGUCGUAGGGGACACCUAUGCCUGGAGCGUCUUGUAAAGCGUUGUGCGGCCUAUCGCAGUGAGGCAGCAAGACCAGAGUAUCAACUGAACAGUCUGCUCGACUGUCAGCCAGGCCUGGCCUACAACUUCGAUUGUAUUCAACGACGGGCUGACUGCCAGCAGGCGGGGACCUCGACCAGACAACGUUUAAGGCUCGGAGCUGAGGGCAUUAGUCUUCUGCUGUUGCCUGGCGGAAAGGUGCUCCUAACUAACCGGACCUUGUCACCCUCGAUGCCCAUCUUUGUGGCCUCCCCCUGUUUCGUCAUGGACGGACAUGACCUCAUUUCUGAUUGGCCUGUAGCUCGUGUGGCUCCCGGUCACUCGCUUACCGUAUUUGACCUGAGCGUCUAUCAGAGACUCUGUGGCAGUCAAGAUCCUACGCAACACUGGCCGGGUAAAUCUCUGGCAGGGCCUGUCAUACAUAUCAGUCUGGGCAAAGGUUGGGGUCCCUCCUACCGACGUCCUGACAUCACAUUCUGUCCCUCCCGCCUUGAACUUUGGCUCAAUCUGCCCGCCAUGAAGACCCUUUUUCGGAGAUGA